AUGGACGCCGACAGCGACGACCCGCGCCACGACGAGCUCAGCUCUCUCCAGGCCAUCUUCCCCGAGAUCGAACCUGACGAUAAUACCCCUUUUUGCUUCACCAUCCAGCUACCAGUCCACCCCGCGAAACCCGUGACGGUCACGUUUCCGGCUGCUUCCAAUGCAGACGUCCCUGUCGCCGCCCAGCUCCCCGGCGUCGACCCCCGGGUAGACUCUCACGAACUGUCCCACCUGCCGUCCGUCGCCGUGCGCAUAUCUUUGCCCAAGGGCUAUCCCUCUGAGAAGCCGCCGAGUGUUAGCAUAAGCACAUCGCCACCAUGGCUUUCGAAAGAUGCCACCAAAAGACUGGAAGAUGAUGGCCCGCGGUUGUGGGAGGAGAUGGGCAGGGAUAUGGUUGCGUUCACAUAUAUCGACCAUGUGCAGCAGGCCUCGGACGAGGUGUUCGGGAUGGUGGACGGAAGUGGCGCGCUGGAGAUUGAUCCUCUGCACAAGAUUGCCAUCUUGGACUACGAUAUCGAGGCUGCCCGCGUUGCGUUUGAAAAGGAAACCUUCGACUGCGGCGUGUGCUUGGAUCCCAAAAAAGGCUCAAUGUGCCACAAGAUGCUCGAUUGCGGGCACAUAUUCUGUACCCAGUGCUUGCAGGAAUUUUACGAUAAUGCCAUCACGGAGGGAGACCUCGCAACCGUCCGCUGCUUAGCUCCCAACUGUGCCAAAGAACGCGCAGAGACGCGAACCGCCUCCGGCAAGACGAAGAAGCGGAAGGUCAAAACUGCCAUCAGCCCCAGUGAACUGCUGCAGAUGGGUCUUUCCCAAGAAACAGUGACGCGCUACGUGACGCUCAAAUACAAGAACGAACUAGAGUCGGACAAGAACACCAUCUACUGCCCUCGAUCAUGGUGUAACGGGGCCGCGAGAUCGAAGAAGCACAAGAAACCAGAGGGUUUGGAGGAGGUUGAGAGUUCGGACGAGGACACGGACGAAGAAGGCGAGACCGGUGCGGACGGCAAGGCAAAGUCGAAGAAGAACAACUUCGACAUCGGAGACCUCCUAGCCAUCUGCGAAGACUGCGGCUUCGCCUUCUGCAGCCGCUGUUUUCAGUCGUGGCACGGCGAGUUCUACCGCUGCACUCCCAAGCGCGACAAGGGCGAGAUAUCAACCGAGGAGCAGGCCUCGAUCGACUACAUCAACCUCCACACGACGCCGUGCCCGACGUGUGGCGUGCCGGCGCAGAAGACUCACGGCUGCAACCACAUGAUCUGCUUCCGCUGCGCCUCGCACUUUUGCUACCUUUGUUCGGCCUGGCUCGACCCGAGGAACCCCUACGCCCAUUUCAACGAACAGCCCAACGGCAAGUUCACGUCGUGCUAUAUGCGGUUGUGGGAGCUCGAAGGUGGCGAUGGCGACGACGUCGAUGUCGGGUUUGCUGGCGGUAUGCGGCCGGUGCCGCUGGCCCAGCCCGUCGAGAUCGUGGACCUCGUUCCUGAGAUCGAAGAGCCCGACGAUACCGAAUCAGAAGCAGACGAGAACGAGGGCGCACAGGCGCCGCGCCCUCCGGCGGGCGGCGUUGCUCGGGAGGGACCGCUCGUCCUGCGCAUAGGUGCCGAUCCGGCUCCUCGUGGUGGUCGAGGAGGAGCUGCCGCAGGAAUAGGUCACGGUCCCGUCCCUCCCGCUGCGCCGAUAGCCCCAGCUCCGCCGGCGGCUCGACGAGGAGGAUACCAGCCGCGAGGCGGUCGUGGGCGAGGAAACAGAGGCGCGGAUGCUCGGGGUGGUCGUCGACAGAACCAACAAAGGAACCAGAACCAGAAUCAGGCGCCGCGAGUGCCUGUCGGAGGAGGUGGAAACGGAGGAAACGGCGCUGCAGCAGCAGCAGGAGGACCUAUCGGCGAGGGCGAGCUCGACCCCCAGCACGAGGCUUGGAUACGGAAUUUCGUACAGAUGGCGCUGGCGGACGAGGAGGACAGCGAUGACGACUGGGCCUGA